AUGGAGAAAAUAUCAAAUCUACAAGCUAAACUGACGAAGAUCACCACAAAGGCACCUCUAAAAGACAGUGAAGAGAAGAACCCAGAGUGUCUCAGGAUUGUUCUGAUCGGGAAAACUGGCAACGGGAAGAGCUCAUCAGGAAACACCAUCCUGGGAAGAAAGGAGUUUAUUUCCAAGUUAGCUCAACAGUCGGUUACAAAAAGCUGCCAGAAAGCCCAAAGUAAGGUGGACGGCCGUCUUGUUGCUGUUGUCGACACUCCUGGUCUGUUUGAUUCAACUUUGUCCCAUGAAGAAGUCAAUGAAGAGCUGGUGAAAUGCAUGAGUCUACUGGCUCCAGGUCCACAUGUCUUCCUGCUGGUGUUAACGAUCGGUAGAUUCACACCAGAGGAAAAAGAAACAUUAAGUCUCAUCAAGAAAGUUUUUGGAAGAGAUUCUGAGAAGUUCACCUUCAUCCUUUUUACUGGAGGAGACAGGCUGGAACAUGACAAAAUGUCCCCUGAAGAGUUCAUUGCAUGUUGUGAUGAUUCCUGUAAGAAGCUGAUUGCUGACUGUGGAGGAAGAGUCCAUGUGUUUAAUAACUAUAAUAAACAGGAUCGCUCACAGGUCACUGAGCUGAUCAGGAAGAUCGACACCAUGGUGAAGGAGAACGGAGGCAGUUUCUACACCAAUGAGAUGCUGCAACAGGCUGAAGCUGCCAUUCAGAAAGAAAUGAAAAGAAUCCUGAGGGAGAAGGAACAAGAGAUGGAAAAAAUGAAGGAGGAGCUGGAAAGAAAACACAAGGAAGAAAAAGAAGAAAUGGAAAAAAGAAUAGAGGACCAGAUAGCAGAAAUUGAAAAAGAGAGAAAACACAAAGCUGAACAACUUAAAGAAAUCGAGGAAAAGAUUAAUAAGGAACGAGAGCAAAUAAAGAAAGAACAGGAAGAAAGAAAAGAGGAAGAAAAACACAAACAACAGGAGUGGGAAAAAGCACAAAAAGCUUUGGAGGAAAAAUUACAGUCAGAGUCAAAAGAAAAGAAGAAAAUCAACGAAAAACUGGAGCAGACCAGAAGAGAGAUAGAAGAAAAAGGAAAGGAAUGGGAGAAGGAAAGAAAUGAGUGGUGGGAAAAACGAAAACAAGAGGAUAAAAACAGACAGGAAGAGGAGAAACUAAAACUGAAAAGGCUUGAAGAGGAAUUUCUGAAGAAAAACAGAGAAGAUCAAAGAAGGAGAGAACAAGAGAAGGAGAAAGAAGAGAGAGAAAGGCAAGUUAGAGAAAUGGAAGAAAGAAUCAACAAGGAAAGAGAGCAGAGAAUGAAAGAGAAGGAAAUAAGAGAACAAGAGAACCAGAAAAGAAAAGAGGAGGAAGAACGGCAUAGACUAGAGUGGGAAAAAGAACGAGAAGCUUUGGAGAGAAAAAUUCUAUCAGAAUCAAAAGAAAAGGAGGACAUUGACAAAAAACUGGAGAAAACGAGAAAAGAGAAGGAAGUUUAGGAGAAGCAAAGGGAAGAGUGGUGGGAAAAACGAAAGCAAGAGGAGGAAGAAAAAAAGAGAGAACUGAAAAGGGUUGAGGAGAGAUUUAAGAAAGAAAAGAAAAAAUAUGAAAACAAAAUGAAAAUAGAGGAUCAGAAGAGAAAGGAACAGGCAGAGAAAGAGAGAAAACAGUUAGAAGAGCAAUUUAAAGAAACUGAGAACAGAAUCAAGAAGGAGAGACUGGAAGAACAGAAACAAAGAGAGGAAGAGGAGAAGAAAAGAAAACAGGAGGAUGAACAACAGAAAAAAGACUGGGAGGAAAAACAAAAAGUUUUAAAGGAAAAGUUACGGGCAGAAUAUGAAGAAAAGGAGAACAUCACUAAAAAACUGGAGCAGACUAGUAAAGAGAUGAAAGAAAAACAAAAAGAAUGGGAGAAGGAAAAAAAGGAAUUGGAAAAACUACAUAAAGAAGAUGAAGAGAAACGGAAAGAGGAAGAACUUAAACUGAAAAAGCUUCAGCAGGAGUUUGAAGCAAUACAAGAAGAAUAUGAAAAAAAGAUUAAAGAAGACAAUCAAAACAAAAUCAAACUGCAGAAGGAAAAUGAAGAUUUAGUGAAAAAACACAAACUCAGCAUAAAGGAAAUGAAAAGGAAAUAUGAAGAGGAUGCCAGGCAAAAAGCUGAAGAAUUCAAUGAGUUUAAAGAACAAAACAGAAUUCUGAUGGAAAAGCAUAAACAAGAACUGGAAGCUCUAAAUAUAGACAAAGAAAAGAAAGAGGAACAUGUCAAAGAUUUAGAGGAGCUAAAAGAGAAACAAGAGGAAGAACUGAAACGCUUAAAAGACAAAUUUGUUGUAAAGUAUUGCACCACAUCCUGAUUAUGUUUAAUGCUAAGUUUUAUUCUCUCAACUUGAUGAUCCUUAACAUGUUUCACUUCUAUUCAGACUGAAGUGGAAACUAGACAUUUAAUCAGUGCUUUCUAGUAUGGCUGAGUAUUUGCUUUAAUUGUCUGAAGAGAUUCACUGUCAGCAGUACUAGUUUUUAUAAUUCAGUCCAUCUGGAGCUGACCUUAAUAAGGAGGGAUAUCACAAAAUUCAUUUUUUUUUUUUUGUUUUGAGCUGGUAUUACAAUCAUAUCAAUGAUAAUGAGAUUAGAUUCAGAUGUUACAAUAAAGGGGUCUAGAGAGACAU